AGCUUCUGACCGGUGCAGCCGAAGAAGACCCGGGCGGAAGCCGAAGGUAAAGGUGUUGUGAAAAUGUACUCAAACAAAGUGACCCGCCUCGUGUUGGGACUCAACGGCCUGAGGGCCACCUCGGUCGGCACUGUGGUCCAGAGGGCUGCGGCUCCGAGGGGACUCAGCUGGACCUCCGUGUGCAGAGAGCGGACGCAGCGGCUGCGAGUACGCGGCACUCGGUCAGCCUCCCAGAGUACUGUGGACUCCUCAGAGGUCAGGAGGUUCCGGCUUCUGGCCAGCAAGUGGUGGGAUGAAGACGGAGAGUUUGCUGCUCUUCACGCCAUGAACGACCUGCGGGUUCCUUUUGUGCGGGACAACCUGCUGACUGUACAUCGAGCACGCCACCCUGGAAAACCGCUGGCAGGACUCCGAGUCCUGGAUGUGGGCUGUGGGGGAGGCCUGCUCUCAGAGCCUCUCGGUCGUCUGGGAGCCAACGUGCUGGGCAUAGAUCCUGUAGAAGAAAGCAUCAGGAUCGCCCAGCUGCAUUCUUCCCACGACCCGGACCUACGGGACCGAGUGUCUUACCGGGCCUGCACCCUGGAGGAGCUCUCAGGAGAAGGAGAAGGAGAAGGGGAGCCGGGAGCAGCCCAGUUUGACGCCGUUGUGGCCUCAGAGGUCGUGGAACAUCUGGCAGACUUGGAGACGUUUGCCCUCUGCUGCAGUCAUGAUCUGAAGCCGGGUGGAUCACUCUUCAUUACCACCAUAAAUAAAACCAAACUGUCGUACGCGCUGGCUAUCGUAGUAGCCGAGCAGCUGCUGCGCAUCGUUCCCAGAGGGACGCAUGACUGGGAGAAGUUCAUCAGCCCAGAGGAGCUGGAGCGCCUUCUGGAGUCCAAUGGUUUCACAGUUCAGUCUGUCCAAGGAAUGAUGUACAGCCCUCUCUCUGGAGCCUGGAGCUGGACUGACAGCACCGCCAUCAACUACGCCCUUCACGCGGUCAAAGAGGGUCACGGGCUAGAGGACAGCAGCUCCUACCCAGAGGAGCACACAAAAACCACACACAGCUGAGCUGCUCACAAAUCACAAACAGAAAUAUUCACAUGCAUGAAUGGACAUGUGGGUGCAGAGAUGCAGAACAGGAGGCCAUGAUUAAUGAAGGAGGGACAACCAGCAUGCCCACUGCUGACCGUGGGAUGUCUUUAAGCUCUGGAGCUGUUUAAUAAAUGUGUUUCAUAAAUGCA